CGAAACAAUACAAAAACAAAUAAUGAAUUAUCUGAAAGUUCGCAAAUGUUAUACGAAAAUAAAUUAUCAGUAGAAUCUCAAAAUGAUAAAGUACAAAAUACAGACUGUAGUAGUUCAAUAAAAGCACAAAAAUGUAUAUCAAAAGAACAUGACGUUGUAACUUCAAAAAAAAUGAAUGACACGGUAAAUUCAGAAAAAUGUUUAAAUACUCCUACAUCUAUAAAAUCAAAAAAUUUAGAAAAAACUUCGAGUGGUUUAUUGGAAAAUUCAGAUUUGAUAUCAGCUCAAUUUGCUAGAGACAAUACAAAUGUAUCAGGAGAAUUAAAAACUGAAGAUGAUAUAUCAUCAGACAAUAACGCUGACAAUAUUCGUUUAUCUGUAUCAAGCAAUGAAAAUUUUGGAUCCCGUAAAUGGCGUUCUCCUGGUGAAAAGAAAUUUAUAUCAGCAUCUUCCACGACUAAUAAACGACCAAUAAUAGCUACUGUGAGUUCUACGAAUGGCAAAGAAGAAAUUUUAUUAAAGAUUUAUGAUAUUGAUGUGCAAAUUCAAAGAUUAAUGGAUGAAAAAAUGAAUUUAUAUAAACAGUUAAUGGCGCACUCUGAAGAAUGUCAAGAAAAUGUAACCACGAAAAAAAGUGUUGCUAGAAAAUUAGAUUUAGGUACUGAACUUAAAAUUGAUACAGCAGGAUCUUCAAGAAACGCAGUAUCUGAAAGUGUUCCAACGAACGAAAAUUCUAUUACAGCUGUGCAUCAACAAUCUCUCACUAUAACAAAUGACCUAGGGGAAAGUAUAGAAUCGAAUUCUUCUCUAAUAAAUAAUGAACAUGGAAAAGUUAAUAGUGAAAUAAAUUCAGAUUCGAAGCAAACAAAUAAACGAAAUAAACAUAGCGAUUCAAAAUCGAAAAAUGUGAAUCGAAAUAGUGAUAAAGAAAAUGUAUCUAAACGGAAAACUAAAAAAAUUCAACAAGAAAAUAUAGACAAAUCAAAUACAAAAAUUGUAACUGGUAACGUUGAAAAUUCAGAAAAAGUUGAAAUAAAAAAGCCACAAAAAAUUAUUGAACAAAAUGAUAAAAUCGAAUCAAAAAAAUCACCGACAUUGCACGUAGAGAAGGUCGAGGAGGUCGAUGUACAGAAAUCACUAAAAAGCAUUGGAAAAGAUAUUGAAUCGAAAAAAUCACCGAAAAAAUCUCGCCGAGAAAGAUCAUCAUCAUCGAAGAAAAGUACCUCAAAAGAUAAACAUGGUAAAGAAACAAUACGGAGUGAUGAGUCUGAAGCUAAAAAAUCAGUAUUUAUCACUGAACAGAAUGUAACAAAACGAUCAAUAAAAGCAUCGUCGGUCGCACCAAAUUCUGAUGCUGAAGAUAAAUCAGUGAAAACUCAUUCCAGUCGUAUAGGAAAUCGCGAUAAUGAAAUACAUAAAAUUAAAAAUUCGAAACGAAAACGUGAUCAAAAGCACGAAGCAACUUAUAGCGAUAGCAAUUCGGAUGACGAAGAUAAGCCAAUAAAAAAUAAUUUCAAUCGCAAUGUAACUCCUGAUAGUGAAACACGUAAAAUAAAAUCAAAACGAAAACAAGACCACGAUAACGAUAGUAUAUCAUCAAUAAAAAAACAUUCAAAUAAAAAAUCGAGAAAAAAAUAUGUUGUAUCUGAUUCUGGUGAUGAAAAUGAAUCUGGAAUUGAGCAACAACGACCAUCACCACCUAUUAAUAAUGUGGAAACAGCUCGAAUACGACGAUGUAGUGUUGAAAAACGACAAAAAUCUGUAGAACAUAAACUACCCACAGUGAAAAUGAACUUUGUAAAUUCCAUUAUUAAACCAUGUAUAGUACCCUUAGUUCGAAUUAAUCCCGAAAAAUAUUUAAAGAAAAUUGAAGUUAAAGAAGAAAGCGAAACAGUUCUUUUGAAUUCAACAGUUUCUGAAAAUGAACCUCAGGAAAUAAAAAUAACUGAUACUAAUUUUAAUGAAAAUUGUGUUGAACAAUUGAAUGAAAAUAGUGUAAAUAUAUCAAAUGAACCAAGUCCAGUUACAUUAUCAAUACCGGCUCAAGAUAAUCAAGGAAAAACUGAUGAUGGAACAGAGUCACAGACUUCAAGUACAAAUGUAGAGUGCUCUAAUAAUAGCAUCAAUAAUAAUGAUGUUGAAUGUGGCACACAAAAAUUAGAAUGUUUCAAAUGCUCAGAUCAUACUGGAUCUAUUUUAUUUGUAAAGACAUAUAAAAAUGCAAUAAUAGCUGGCGGUGAAGAUGGUAAAAUUUAUAAAUAUAAUGUAGAAAAUGGUGAAUUAUUAAACUCUGCAUGUGCACACCAAGCUGCAAUUACAUCGUUUUAUAUAGCAAAUAAUAAAGAUGGGGUUACAUGUGUAUAUUCGGGGUCAUUGGAUACUUAUUUUAAAUGUUUUGAAAUCGAGACUUUGAAAGAAUUAACAAGCAUACAAAUAAGCAUUGCAAUACAAUGUAUGGAUGCUGAUUGGAGAUAUGUAUUUCUUGGAACAGUAUCGGGGCAUUUAUAUAGGUAUUCAAUUAAUAAUAAUUUAAUGGAAGAUGAAAAAUGCCGAAUAGGAAAUGAAGCAAUACUAGCACUAAAAACUCAAAGUGAAGGCGCACGUCGAAUAUUAAUUGCUGCACCACGUAAUGAAUUGGUAUCAAUACGUGAUGCAAUGACUGGUCUCUUAUUACGUUACAUAACAUUCACAACGUCUGAUUAUACAAUAUAUUCAAUCAUGUUAUCACAACAUGGAUCGAUCAUUUAUUGUGGUACAAAUAAAAAAGUAAUCUUAGGCUAUAAUUUUACUGAUGGCGUCUUAACAAAAGAAUUGUUGGCUGGUAAAGGUAUCGUUUGUUUAUUAGAAUAUCAAAAAUUAUUAUUCGCUGGUUGUUAUGAUGGUUUUAUUUAUGUUUUUGAUAUUAUAACAAAUCAAUUGGUGACAAAAUUUGUGGGACCUGGUGGAAUGAUUUUAGCGUUAGAUGUUUUUGAUAAUAAAGUUAUUAUGGGUUCAAAAAAUUCCUGCCUAGAGGUACGAUCAAUGCCAGAAGUUGUCUUAAAAUAUAUAAACGAAAAUCGUAGGUAACUAAUGGUUUCCGACUGUUAUUCGUUAAACAGUAAUAACAGUAAAUAACAUUCAUUAUCAAGUACCAGCCAUAUAAACAGAGGAAGGAGAGUGUUACAGUACUUUAAAAUGGAGCCCAUUUUAUUCAUGUUUUGACAAAUGAGUAAUGUAAAAUAACUUAUUUCGAUAUUUAUUUUCAAUUUAUUAAAAAAAACUUACGUCUAAAUAUUUACAAUCUCUUAUUGUACCCUUAUGUGAUAAUAACUGGAUGAAUAAAGUUUACGUUAAGAUAUGAAAAGUAUUGGGCAAGAUUUCUUGUUAGUGUUAGUCCUUAUUGAUCGAGCUUGAAGAGUAGUUUAUUAAAAUUGAGUAUGGAAAAAACCGAACAAAUUAAUCAUAUCAGUAUUCGAAAAAACAAAAAUUUACACUAAUGGUUGCAUGUAUGAUGUCAGGUGUUGAAAAUUUAUGCCUUAAUUGGGAGAAUAUUAAAAAAUUAAUCUUAAAUUUAUGAUUUUUUUAAGCUUAUAACGGAUAAGUUAAGAUAUGAAACUACCCUAAUUUGCAUACUUCAGUGUAGUUUUUUGUCGCUAAAGUGUUAGAUAUAAGUGGGUUUAUAGACGUCUAGCGCAUUAUUACUUGAGGCAGGGGAGGCGAACCUUUAUAUACCAACGUACCAUUUUAUCUAAAGAAAUUUUUAAUGAGGUCAUAGACAAAUAAUUUGGACUUCGUGAUUAUUGGGAAAAUAAUAAGACUAAAUGCUAUCAACUCAAAA